CUAGCUGGGUUGGCAAUAAUAACAAUCAAUUCACGACCAACUACUCGACUGGAACGGCUUUUUCCUGUGAGUGACACCCGGUAGGAUUACACAACGGAAGAUAGCAACGAAAUGACCCUUCGUGACAGUGGCCAUGAAUCUGUUCACAGGACGUACUCAGUGUCCCGAUCGGGCAAGUAUAAAUCACGGCCCAAAAUUCGGGCCGCUCUCAGUGGGGAUUUAUUUCGACCGGAUCCAAGCGCAGUUGAUGAUACAAAAACCGCGAACCUCAACAACCGAAGUUUCGAAGCGUCCGCGAAAGUUUCCGCCAAUGAAUCGAAUCAGGCAGGUGAUUCGAACAAUGUUGGCACUAACACUGAUAGCUCUGAAAAGGAUACCAACCAAACCGCUCAACAUCACAAUCGCUAUCAUCACCAUCGACCCCAUUCGAAAGGAGUUAUUGAAACGGCACUGUGAGAUGAAUGUUCUAGGAUCCCAAUUUAAGAAAUUGAGACGUAGGAAUGUGAAAUAGUGACCAGUGCUGGUUUCAUUCUUCCUUUUACUCUGUCUCUAAAUUACUCAUUCGUGGACAACGUUUGACCAUUAUCGUCGUGAAACGAGAACCAAGUUGCUUAUCUGUGAUGUUUUUUGUGUCUUUCGAUACAAAUGGGUUGUGGUAGUGUUAUUGUUACUUCAGUAAGCUAUAUAUAUCAAUAUGUGUACUUAAUAUAUUGUUUAAUAAAUAUAUUACCUGAUGCGAAAGAUGGCAAACAAAACUGCGGAGAUAAGUGGACAUAUUGCACUUAGAAAAUAAUGAUUUAUGACAGGUAACAGGAAAAGACACAAUUUUAAAGAGAGUCGAGAUAAUUCAAAUCGACUACUCUGCAAUCUAUUGCACAAUUAUUGAGCCGUUUACUGGCAACUUUCCACCAGCAUGUUUGCAAAUUUAAAGAGGUAGCGUUUAAUUGCACAAAACGUGAUAUGG